AUCGUUUUCAUCUUCUUCCGUUGAUAUUAUCUGAAAAGAUGAUGAUGAUGAUGAGUCUCCGAUUCAAAAUGUGAUCGGCGCCGUCAUUGUGUGUGAUUCGCUUCACUCAUCAACUCCAGAUCUGGGAGCUUGCUUAUUCCAACUGUUUCUUCCUCUUUACAGAGACUCUGAAUGUGGGGUUUGUUUACGAGGCUGUGCAAUUCUUAAGAUGAUUGGUGUUUCGCACUGAACACAAUAACAUCUGCAAAUGCGUCAUAUGGCCGAGCAAACUUUUAUCGCUUUAGGUUCCGACGAUAUUUUGGGAGCUGACCAUGCUUUGGUAGUAGGGAAAGAGUUUCCCGAUGUGGAAACUUGCAGAAGAACUUUGAAAGAUUUGGCUUUAGCUCUGCGUUUCGAUCUUCGUAUUGUGAAAUCAGACCGAAGCAGACUCAUAGCCAAAUGUUCCAGGGAAGGUUGUCCGUGGAGAAUACAUGUAGCUAAAUGCCCUGGCGUUCCCACGUUUUCGGUUAGGACACUUAACGGCGAGCACACCUGUGAGGGUUUAGAUGAUCUGCAUCCUCAUCUUCAAUCCUCGGUUGGUUGGGUUGCAAGAUCGUUAGAAUCACGGAUUAGAGAUAAUCCCCUGUACAAACCAAAGGAGAUAUUACAAGAUAUUCGUGAUGAGCAUGGUGUUUCGGUUUCUUAUAUGCAGGCUUGGCGCGGGAAAGAGCGGAGUAUGGCUGCACUUCAUGGUACUUUUGAGGAAGGCUAUCGUCUUCUUCCUGCUUAUUGUGAGCAGAUAAAACUAGUUAACCCUGGGAGCCUUGCUUCUGUUUCUUCCUCUGGACCUGAAAACUGUUUCCAGCGCUUGUUUGUUGCGUACCAAGCAUGUAUAUUAGGAUUCACUAGUGGUUGUAGGCCGCUUCUUGAGCUUGAUAGAGCGUAUUUAAAAGGUAAGUAUUUGGGAACGAUACUCUGUGCGGCUGCGGUUGAUGCUGAUGAUGGUCUUUUUCCUCUAGCGAUUGCGGUUGUUGACAUCGAGAGCGAUGAGAACUGGAUGUGGUUUCUCUCGGAACUGAGGAAUCUUCUCGGGAUGAAUUCAGAGAGCAUGCCGAGACUCACUAUACUCUCGGAGAGACAUUCAGGGAUUGUGGCAGCGGUGAAAUCUCACUUUCCUACUGCUUUUCACGGGUUUUGUCUCCAUUACGUGAGUGAGAACUUCCGGGAUACGUUCAAGAACACUAAGCUGGUUAAUAUGUUCUGGAGUGCUGUUUACGCUCUCACCGCAUCAGGAUUCGAAUCCAAGAUGUCUGAGAUGAUCGAGGUAUCGCAGGACGUUAUACAAUGGUUUGAGCUCUUUCCACCUGAGCUUUGGGCGGUUGCUUUUUUCCAAGGCCUAGUACGUUAUGGGCAUUUUGCUGUAGGUAUCACGGAGAUAUUGUACAAUUGGACUAUCCAAUGUCACGAUCUCCCGAUCGUUCAAACAGUGGAACACAUUCGAAAUCACUUGUCAUCUUGGUUCGAUACCAGGCGUGAUUCAAGCUUGAGAUGGAACUCUAUACUCGUUCCAUCGGCCGAGAAACGGAUUGUAGAAGCUAUCUCGGACGCAGAUUGUUACCAAGUUUUGCGUGCGAACGAAGUCGAAUUCGAGAUUGUUUCGACGGGGAGAACAAACAUCGUGGAUAUCCGAACACGAGUAUGUUCUUGCAACCGUUGGCAGCUUUACGGUUUACCAUGUGCUCACGCAGCGGCAGCACUUAUCUCGUGCGGACAGAACCCCCGUCAAUUCGCAGAGCCAUGCUUCACGGUUGGCAGCUAUCAGCAGACAUACUCGCAGAUGAUAGGUGAAACUCCAGACAUCAACUUGUGGAAAAAGAAGCAACAAGAACCCGGGAAAUGCUUACCGUUAAUACUACCGCCUAAGACACGGAGGCCGCCUGGUAGACCGAAGAAGAAACUAGUUCGAGCUGAGAAUCUCAAGAGACCGAAAAGGAUUGUUCAAUGUGGUCGUUGUCAUUUGUUGGGACACUCUCAAAAGAAAUGCACACAACAGCCUAUUUGAUCCUAUCUUUGUGAUAUAAUAUAAAUUGAAUUGUAGCCUUUUUUUUUUUCUAUGAUCCUUAAAAAAGUGGACUGGGACUAAAAUUAAAAUAAACCGGGUCGGAUAAUACCCGCCGGGUUCGACCCA